AUGCCGUUCCCUCGACCUUGCGCCGACCGGGAUGGCCUAUCCUCCACCUUUCUAAGUCUAUCCGCCGCCACCAUCCUAACGGUGCUGUUGUCGCUAUCCUUGUCUACUCCAGCUUCAGCCCUACAGACCGUACCAGAUUCACCGUGCGCAGAGAUAUGUACUCGGGAUGAUGUCAACCUCGCGAAUGGCACCGUGUGCUUGGACGAUGCAUUUAAGACAGGAGCAGGACAUCAGUUCCGGGAAUGUACAACCUGUCUCUUAAAUAGCACUGCCGUUGAUACACUGUCAAACAUAUCCGACGUAUACUGGGGACUAUUCAACCUUCGAUAUACACUUUCAGAAUGCAUGUUUGCAUAUCCGGCAGAGAUUGUCUCGAUAUCGAGCCCGUGCCAGGUAACAUGUGCACCAUUGAUGAAUGCGACAACGUUUGGGAUUGGACCUGAUGUGCGAACGGCGACGGACGAGACGGUGCCCAACCUUGACUUCUGCAAGCAGGGCUUUGGUGGAGACCACAGGAUCAACAACUGCUCCUUCUGCUACUCAUAUAUACCGCAGCAGCUUUUUAUCGGCAAUUUCAUGCAGGCGCUGCACAUUGCCUGUAGACAACCUCCAGCUAUAGGCCAGACGUUUUUCCCAGAUGGAAGGGCGAUAUUCAACGAGUCAGCAAUACCAGGGCCAGCCCCAGCAAGCAGCCACACAGCACAUAGAUCGGGUAUCACAGGGUGGAAGCUGGGGUUGGUGGUUGCAUUUCCAAUUGUCGGAGGAGUUAUACUGUUCGGAUUAACGUGCUUCUGCUGCUUCAAAUUCACCAAGAAGCGACGACAGAAGAUGGCAGCUAAUGGACGAAUGUCGACAUACCACGAUCGGCAUCCGGGAGGUGAACCAGGAAGCUCAUACAUCAGCCCCAUCAACACACGGACGCCACCUUCACAGUACCAUUGGCAGAUGCCGGACGAAGCUGGACAGGAGAUGGAGAGAAUCAGCUACUUGCAUACGCCGAAAAGCGGUAACAAGUCGAGUCCAGGGAUUUCCCAAGGACGUUGGAGUCAUGCGACAAGGGAUGACGAGGAAGAGGACGUGCCACUUAGUGCUGUGCCUCGAGACGAUGUCGGGCCUGGAGCAGGCCAAGCGAAGGAUCCAUAUCUGCAUGACCAGUAUUUUGGUGUGGCUAGUAGUGGUGUGCCAGGCGAGGUCAUUCCAGGGUCGAGUCACUUCAUCCAUCCCGAUCAGCGAGGGUCAUGGGUGAGAUAG